UGGUUUCCAUGGAAACAGACCAUCCUUGCACUUUAUCGCCACCACGAGGUCACUUCUCAUUAUUGCUUUUUUCGCGGCACACAAAAUAAAAAUUGCGAAUAUUUGUAAAGUAUAUAUUAAAAAAAUUAAUUCAAGUUAUUCGACAUCAUAUAUUUGUGUACAGGUGCUUUAUUAUUCUGAUGUUUGACCAAUCCGCGUGAGAAUAAGAUAGAUUAAUCCCCUAACCUGAGACAUGCAAAAUUGGCGGGAAUAUUUCUAACUUUUGUACAAGACUGUAUUGCAUUACUAGUCAAUCAUUCUUUAUUAAAUUGUAGUUAUUAUGCAGCAAAUUUUGUCGUGAUUGGCUUGUACUGAUCCAAGCUGUAAUCAUGGCUUCAUUUUCUGUGAAAACUCACACUCCUACGGUUGUCAACAUUGGAAAAUUCCUUUUCUGUCAUCCUAACUCCUUGCAAGAUGGAAACGUCGUGGAAAUCAUUGGGGAAGAAGCCUGCGGAAAAUCUACGGUACUUCAGCAUUUAAUGAUCGAUUGCAUUCUUCCUAAAUCCUACGGUGGUUGCGAAGCUGCAGUAUUGUAUUUCGAUCUUGACGGCCAUUUGGACCUACUGAGAAUCAUGGCUAUUAUGGAACAAAAAACAGAAGCAGAUGAAAGUGUCAUAAAGCUAUGGUUAAAGCGGCUUUUCGUUGUUCGUUGCGAUUCUACCGAACAGGUAGUGAUCACCUUGCACUCAAUCGAACCAUUAAUAGCCAACAGUAAGGUGCAGUUCGGAAUGAUUAUACUCGACAGUCUUACCGCAUUUCACUGGAUAGAUUGCCAAGAUGGAGGCACCAGCCAUUAUUUUAAAGAAGUAAAAAUGAGAAAAGUUAUAGCCGCGUUGAAAAUGAUCAAAGAAAGAUAUAAGAUAUGCGUGUUGGCAUCGUCGCAACAAUUAAUAAACGUGACGGAUAAAAAUACUGACACACCGGGUAAAGUAUGUUUGCACAAACCAGUUCUACCUGCACAGUGGUCAGAAUUGGUAAACUAUAGGUUUGUGCUGAAAUGUAAUAGCUUGGCGGACGUCGCACCGAAAAAAAUCACGAUACAUAGCGUUUCACCAUCACACUACGAAAAGGGUUUCGUUGUGGACGAAAGAGGAUUAUCGGAAAUUUAAUCUACGUAUUACUGCAACUGUUCCCUGCUGUUGACGUGAUUAGGUCGUUCAUUAGCCAACUUGCAUUACAUUUACCAGUGUUAAAACAUAUAUGCGAAAAUGCAAUUGUCAGUAUGGUAUUAACAUAUUAUGUUACAAUAUGGCAUGUUCGCCUUUAACUUUAUACUUGUUUAGCGUGCCUCGUGUAAUUUAUAAGCGAAUGUCUUUGACUUUGAAUUUAACAGUGCUGGAGCAGGAAAUUAUUUUUAAUUUAGUGUGACCUGCUCUUUCCAAUGCAGGCGUUUUUUGUUCUUAGUAUAACGUAAUCCCGACGAUUGAAAAGGGAUUAGCGUCUCAUGCACAUUAACAUUAAACAUAUUGAUUUGGCAUGGUA